AUGCCAUCUCUAAGGAAGAAGUUAAUGUUUCUCGCAGGAUUUCCUGUCAGUUUGGGAACUUGCGUGCUAAUAUCUGCAAUAUUGGCAACUGAUUCAUGGGUUGACACUGUAGUAAACUGCAAGAAUGAAAGUGGUGAUGCAGUUGGAGAAAUGAACCUCAAGUAUGGAAAACAGGAUGAAAUGUUUUUGGAAUGUUUUUAAAAUGCAAACACUGCAAGAGUUAUCCACAUCCUAGUUAUCCGAUUCAUUGUGCUUGGACUGUUGUUUACACUGCUAAGUGCCAUAGUCACCUUGUACAAUAGCAUCAGUAAUCCAUAUGAGAACAUCUGUGGGCCAGUCAGUGUUUACACCUGUAGCUCCAUAAGUU